AUGUGCCGAACACGUCCUUCUCUCUCUCUCACUCUCUCUCUUUCCCUUUCUCUUUUUGUCUUUCCUUCCCUGUUUCUGUAUCUAUAUAUUUCGACAGAAUCGACUUCUAAUCGAAGCCCACCAAUGCAACUGUCCCUGUGCAAGGCAGCAAGCAACGGUAGAGCUCCACGAAGAAUAAGCAAAUGCGGUGGCGACCUUGUGUGGGCGUCAAACCUCCACAAACGCGUAGAAGCUCAUAUCAUUUACUCUCUUUUUUACUAUCUUUUUUUUUUUUUUCCUCAGUCACUCACUCUCAAUCUUUCACUUGGACUUUUCUCUUCGGGGAUUCGGCAGCUACUGCUGCUUGUCUUUGAUCAAAUGAAUGCCACCGGCGCUGAAAAUGUCCUUUCUUUUUCUUUCUUUCUUUCUUUCUUCCUUUCUUUCUUUCUUAUCUUCCUUUUCUAUCUUUAUUUUUCUAUAUUUCUUUCUUUUCUUUCUUUUCUAGCAUUGUUUUUCUUUAUUUCUUUCAUUCGUUCUUUCUUUUCUUUUUCUUUCUUUUCUAUCUUUCUUUUCUAUCUUUUCUUUCUUUCUUUUUUCUUUCUUUUCUAUCUUUCUUUUCUAUCUUUUCUUUCUUUCUCUUUUCUUUCUUUUUUCUUUCUAUCUUUCUUUCUUUUCUAUCUUUCUUUCUUUUCUAUCUUUCUUUCAUUUUCUCAGUGA